AACUCCCCACCUGGGGUAGAUCCUGCCUCCUCCUCAGGUAUAAAAGCCUAGAAGAACCGGUAGAUGUUCAGAGACAACAAGUGAAGGAACUAAGUGCCGCUUGGAAAGAAGAAAAAAAACAGAAGGUUCCAACCAUGAACAGCCUCCACACGCUGGCCGCCGUCCUCCUGCUCCUCGGCUUUUUCCACCAUAGCUGGCAGGUCCCUCUCCUCCAGAAUGAGGACAGCUCCAGUUUUGCAGCAGACGACACGUUAGCUGAUGAGCUCCGGGAGCUGUCCAGCAUGAAGAGACACUCGGAGGGAACCUUCUCAAACGACUACAGCAAAUACCUGGAGGACAGGAAGGCGCAGGACUUCGUUCGAUGGCUGAUGAACAACAAAAGGAGCGGAGCGGCUCUGCCUAAGCCCAGUGAGAAGUAUGAUGCAGGCAAGCGCCAUGCAGAUGGUACCUUCACCAGCGACGUGAGCGCCUACCUCAAGGAGCAGGCAAUCAAAGACUUUGUUGCCAAGCUCAAGUCCGGGCAAAUCCGAAGAGAACUGGACAAGCUGGAUGAACCGUUCAGCAAGAGACAUGUAGACGGAAGCUUCACCAGCGACGUGAACAAAGUCCUGGACUCCAUGGCGGCCAAGGAAUAUUUACUCUGGGUCAUGACCUCCAAGCCGUCGAACGAGAGUAAGAAAAGACAAAAAGAACAGUGAGGAACCCCCCCCCCCCUCUGCGCCGCACUCAAAGAAGCCAUUUUCAGGAGGAACUGGAAGCCAUAUUUGAUCUGCUUGUUUCGACGUCAAUGUCUUUUUAAAAGUGUCCUGUUUUCCAAUGUAAUGCAAAGAUACAAAACUGCCACUCUUCCACAGAUAUAUGGUGCACAACCAAAAUUUUGGAAUUGAGGGUGUAUUUUUUUUGUAUGAAUUAUUUUUUUUAUGUCGCUAAAAAAGAAAAAAACACUGCGCAAAAACAGUCUUGGGGCGUUAUAAAAAGCACUUGUUUUAGUAGACUCAUGGUAAAGCAGUUUUCCAUUCAUUUUUACAUUUAGAGGCAGAUGUUAGUCGAAAUCCAUUUUAUUUUAUUCAUCACAUCCAACACAAUGGUUCUUAGGAAAUAUUGGGAGAAAAAAAUCAACCGAAUAAAUUUGGGGUUUUAAAAAAAAUUAUAUAUUUAAAUCUAAUAAAACGCAGUUUACUACAGACUGUGCUAUUUCUUGAGAGCAUUUUUAUGAUAAAUUGACUACGCUUCUAUGAAAUCCAAACCAAAAGAGGUGAAGCCACUUAUCUUUUAAUCCAUUAACACCAGAGCUUUAGCUACUGUGUUAAAUGUCUUUCAAAGCUUUGUUCACAUCGUCAUCGGCGACGCGCAUUGAAGCGGCACUUCUAAUGAAAAGUCUAGGCAAACGUACGUACAGUAUAUGCACGUUUUGGGUUUCCGUGUUCGUGCAUCUUCGGUCUACAUAUCCAAAAGCCACGUUGAAAGCUAAACCAGGUGGACCAAUCAGGGACUCCGAUUUGGUAGAGACGUCCCCUUUCAUUGAUUGAAGUACCAACCGUGUAAAAAAUUAAUCAAGGAGGACAAAUUACGGCUUGUGCCCGGCCGAACCUAUAUGACACCAAGUCUUUCAUGUAUCAGAAUAGAGCUGUAAGACAAAAUAACCUGGAGCAAAAUUCGCACAGCCGAUUGUCACGGCUUUGACUUUUUGCACCAAGGCUCUUCCAGCUGUAGGUGGUGGACAUGCGCUAGUAGAAGAAGCCCCUCCCUGCUUGUCCAGUGUGAACACCGCAGGACUAAAUGUGAGUUCCAAGAGCUUCGUCGCUUGACUCCUCAACCGUUUACGCAAGUCAUGCAAUUCCAGGCGAUUCUGUCGCAUAGAGAAGCGGUGGGAAUGCAAUACUUUGUUAAUAAUGUGUUGCUUUUCUGUGCUUUGUGGUGCAAAGCCGAAAAGUCCUUUCUCCACGUCAGAAUCGGCUGGAAUUACAUUGAUCACAUAAACGGUCAAAAAGUUACAGAAUGCAUGUUAUUUAGGUGAUAUCUCUGGUGUUAAAGGGUUAAAUUGAAGCUCGGUGGCCUAUUGGUAGAGCGGCUACCCUGAGACUAGGAUGCUUGAAACUCAGCAUUAAGGGGUUGAACCACGAAACGGUUCAUGAUCUCCACAGAUCUGCAGGUCACCGCUCCCCAAGAGGAUGGGUCAAACGUGGGGAACAAACUCUGCACACACAGGUGUGUGACCUUAACGUUUUUAAUUCCCACUUUUAACAUAAAUAUUGUGACAGAAACCAAGGGACAUGCGGAACCGGAACGACGGAGGUCUGGCCCAACUGUUGGAGGCGGCGGUGCAAACAAACUCAAUUUACUACAGAAGAGAAAAGAAAAAACGGUUGGAGUCAAAACAAAAAAAAGUUGCUCAUUUGCAAAAAAAUCCGAACCCAUUUUUGCAGAAUACUGUAUAACUACCUGCUAAACGGAACCAUCAUCGUUGGUAUUAAUACUCAUCCACCAACCUUUGACGUCUUACUGUGGUAGUAAAUAAAUCAAUCCUUUUUGUGCUACUGCACAUCGA